CGUUUGAAGCGCGUGCACGCGUUUUGCAUUUGCGUGCCAAAAAAGAAACCAAACGCCGCCGAAUUUACUACCGAGAGAUAACCGGCUCCUGGUUUGAACCACCGUUCUACCGUGGUCUGUUCUUAUCAUCCAGUUCUUGACCAGCAUUCGUUUCGUUCAGACUUGUUUCGGCACCUUUUCCCGUGUGAUCAUCAAACAGCAGACAUGUCGAAGCUUCCGUGCAAAAUUGCCGACAUCAGUCUGGCCGAGUUCGGUCGUAAGGAGAUCAUACUGGCCGAAAACGAAAUGCCCGGUCUGAUGGCCUGCCGGCAGAAGUACGGCCCGCAGAAGAUACUGAAGGGGGCCCGCAUUGCCGGAUGUCUACACAUGACCAUCCAGACGGCGGUUCUGAUCGAAACGCUGGUCGAACUUGGAGCGGAGGUUCAAUGGAGCAGCUGUAACAUCUUUAGCACCCAGGACCAUGCGGCGGCAGCCAUCGCGAAGACUGGAGUUCCGGUGUACGCGUGGAAGGGUGAAACAGAUGAGGAGUAUCUCUGGUGUAUUCGGCAGACUUUGGUGUUUGCGGACGGGCAACCGUUGAACAUGAUUUUGGAUGACGGCGGCGAUUUGACGAAUCUGGUGCACAGCGAAUAUCCGCAGUAUUUGGAGGGAAUUCGCGGUAUCAGUGAGGAGACCACCACCGGCGUGCACAAUCUGUACAAGAUGCUGAAGGACGGAAAGUUGGGAACGGCGGCAAUCAACGUGAAUGAUUCCGUCACCAAGAGUAAGUUUGAUAACUUGUACGGUUGUCGCGAGUCGCUGCUGGAUGGAAUCAAACGAGCUACCGAUGUAAUGAUUGCCGGAAAGGUGUGCGUCGUUGCCGGGUACGGCGAUGUUGGCAAGGGUUGUGCACAAGCUUUGAGAGGGUCCGGUGGACGGGUGUUGAUCACGGAAAUCGAUCCUAUCAAUGCGCUGCAGGCGGCGAUGGAAGGUUUUGAGGUGACCACCAUGGAAGAGGCCAGCAAGGAGGCGCAAAUUUUCGUGACCACCACUGGCUGCACUGACAUUAUUCUGGGAGAGCACUUCCUGAAUAUGAAAGAUGAUUCGAUUGUGUGUAAUAUCGGUCAUUUCGAUUGCGAGGUUGAUGUGGCCUGGCUGGACAAGAACGCCAAGGAGAAGGUCAACAUCAAGCCUCAGGUUGAUCGUUAUCUGCUCGCUUCGGGAAACCACGUGAUUCUGCUGGCCGAAGGACGGCUGGUUAAUUUGGGUUGUGCUACGGGCCACUCUAGCUUUGUGAUGUCGAACUCGUUCACCAAUCAAACGUUGGCCCAGAUCGAACUGUGGACCAAGCCGGAUCAGUACAAAAUUGGAGUCUACGUACUGCCGAAAACGUUGGACGAAGAAGUUGCUGCGCUGCAUUUGGAUAAACUAGGAGUUAAGCUGACCAAACUGACCCCGAAACAGUCGGAGUAUCUGAAUGUUCCCGUCGAAGGACCAUACAAGCCGGAUCAUUACCGUUACUAGUUUUUGUUUUUGAGGGUUUUCCUCGGAAUGAGACCAAUAAAUAAAGUUUGGUAUUUUAUUACACUG